AUGACGAGGAGAUGGAGAUUUGGGGAGGAGAAAGUAUUGAAAUGUCCUUCAGGCUACUGUCUCUCUCCACAGCGCUCUUUUGGAGACAUUUCCAAGCGGGUAGAUCUCCGGGAAAAACUCCAGUGUAAGAGCUUUUCCUGGUAUUUGAAGAACGUCUAUCCGGAGGUCUUCAUGCCCGAUCUCAGCCCGCUGCAGUUUGGCGCGAUAAAGAACGUGGGGAAGGAGGCCUGUUUGGACACAGGAGAGGGUAAUGAGGGAGGGAAACCUCUCAUUAUGUACCCCUGCCACGGCAUGGGAGGAAACCAGUAUUUUGAGUACUCGACCCAUCACGAGAUCAGGCACAACAUUCAGAAGGAGCUCUGUUUGCACGGGACAGACGAAGUCGUCAAAUUAGAGGAGUGCCAGUAUAAAGGUCACAACACCAUCACAGGACCUCAGCAGAGAUGGGAGCUCAGAGAGACUCAACUCCAAAACAGCCUGAGGCUGUGCUGUGUUCCUCAACUCAGCCUUCUCUAA